AUGAGUAGCGCUUUAUUUUUGGAAAUACCAACAACAUCAUUAGUCGAUAGAGAGCAAAUAACAGCUACUUAUAGAUGCGAAUGCAAAGCUUGUGGCAAAUCAAUCCAGGUUGUUCCAAAAUUAUUGAGGUUUUACAUCUAUGGGUUUAUAUUGCCAUUUUUUUGGAUAUAUGUUAUUUCCAUUUAUUUGUACAAUUAUCAUUUGAUCAAAAUAUUUAUUAAGAUAAAAAUUAUAGAAGAACAUUCUAUAGGUGUAAAAUUCCCUAAAAUCAAAGAUUUCCCCACAGACUAUGAAUUCCAAGAGUCAUACCAAACGAGACUAAAAUAUACAAUUCCUGAAAAUAUUAUCCAUGAUUUGAAUUAUAUUGAAAAUUGCAACAAUAACAAAAGCCACAAGACUAUUAGUACUAAACAAAAGCUGAGUGAAAAUAAAUUUAAAGAGGAAUAUGAUUAUUCAAAACAGAAUGUAGUAAGACCUGGUACCAUAAUGGUGGAUAAUUUACAUUUUACAGAUAAUUUAUCAGCUGAAACAUUGAAAAAUGAAAAUGGUCUCUAUUUGGAUGUUGAUGGCAUCAAUGCGACUGAAAAUGAGGUAUUUUAUAAAAGUACUAAAGAUAAAAACAAUUGCAAAACAAAGGAAGACAGCGAGGCGUUACAAACAUUGGACAAUAAUGAUUUAAACUUGAUGAAAAUUAAUUAUGGGUUAAAGAUUGCUAAUGAGGUUAUGGAAUACCAUGAUUAUUUGCAUAAUUGUCAUUUAAAAUGGGUUAUAAAUUGUUUAGUUAGUUUAAUUGGUUAUAUAGUUUUAGUUAUUAUGAUUAUUUGUUUGAUUGUAUAUUGA